AUGGAUGAGCAGUGGGAUCCUUCUGUAGGGGGCCGUUCCAAUUCCUCCGCUCCUCCCACAUCAGGGAGUCAACCAAUCAAGAGUCCCAGUCGUUUCCCGCGUUCUCACUUCUAUACGGAAGGUAGUGAUUCGGGCGAGGACUCGCACAUGUUAGGAUUUGUGGGCCCCUCUUCUUCCGAAGAUAACUUCAAUAGUCAGGUAAUGGUCGAGCCGGGCGAGGAAUCUGAGGCCGGAACUGCAUCACGAGUGAACUUAAGGAGCAGCCCACAGACCGAAAUAGAAGGAGAUAUAGAACCAGCAGAACCAGCAGAACCAGCUAUGGAUGACCAGGCAACCGUUCAAAUGGGUCGAGGAAGUGAUGGUUCUAAUUCCAGUGAAGGGGCUUCUGUUCGCAGUGUUAGACAAAGACAAAACUCGAGUCGUGGAAAAGCUCCUGUAAGGGAAGACAGCUUAGGUCACAGUAUUUCCACCGGUGAAGGACGCACGAAUACUUUAGAGUUUGGUGGAGGAGAUAGAGUUCGCCUGUGUAACCCUUGUGUACCGGAUCCUAAUAUAGCUCCUCCUCAAACUAAUCAAACCGGCUCUGUUCCGGAGCCUCGACACAACCUUGGCUAUCACGGCCGAACACAAAGUUCUAUCGUUCCUACUACAUCCAUACCCGGAAGCCUACCAGCGGAACCUAGAUUUCGACUUGCGGAUCAUCGAUCACAUACUGUCCCAGAAGAAUUUCAGAAUUGGUACAGGGAGCGAGCAGCUUUGAGCUCCGGACAAAACACACGUUCGAGAAGCUCAACAGUUACUGGAACGGGGCGAGAUACAACUGAAGAUAUGGUAAGUCGUCAAUCGGCCAUGAAACAAGAUGUAGUUGCUAAAGCUUUAUCGCAGUUUACCUUCCUGAGAAAUGUUCGAGGCCCUUCUCCUAGUGUUCAAAGCCCGCCGAACGCCCCUGUACCAAAUGCAGGCAGGCGAUAUGUCGUGUCAGGCGGAGACUUACGUUCUCGUCCUCUGCCGCGACCACCUCAAAUACAAGAGGAAGAUGAAUGCCCCAUUUGUCACCAUGAACUGCCUUCUUCAUCUCUCGCUAACUCCGAAACCCUUCGAUCUGAACAUAUAAUUUCUUGUAUUAAUCGCGCCACAUCUAGACUUUCUACCGGUACUCCGAGUUCAACACCCACUCCACCAAUCCCAUCAACUACACGUCCGGCGCUACCCAUCACUCAAACAUCCGCACAAUCGAGCUCCUCUCGCGUCUCUGCCUCUUCCACAUCAGCUUUACCUCAUCCUCUUGUAUCAACUCCAUCGAGCGGUCCCUCUCAACCUCGGCGCACAGGAGUAUUUCCAUAUGUUGCCACGGAGAAAGAUUGCCAAGACGAUGCCGAAUGCCAAAUAUGUUUGGAAGAAUACGAACCAGGUGUCGAAAUGGGACGUCUGGAAUGCUUUUGUAGGUUCCAUUUAAGUUGUAUAAGGAAAUGGUUUGAGAAGCACCCAGGAAGAUGUCCGAUGCAUCAGCAUGAUGAGUAUGGAUAUUGA